AUGCCUCCCAAAAGCAACAGUGAACCCAAGGUAGUGGCAUGCCUAUUGAAUGCCUGGGACUCCUGUGAAGACACCAUUGCGAUGCAAGAACAAGUGGAGGGUGUGCCCAAUAUUCAGCUGAGGCAGCUAUAUGCUGAGAUUCAAAGGUAUUGUGCAUCUGGAAAACACUGGGACAAUGACAACAGUGCUGCAAUUGUUGGUAUUGAUGCAGGGCAGGUCUGGGAUGAAUAUAUGAAGACACACAAAUCUCUUUGUCCAUACAGGAAUUGGGGAUGGUCACUGUUUGAUAUGAUAUCUGAGAUCAUGCUGAGUGGUGUUGUGAGCAGUCACCAUGCAUUUGAUGCCAGUGCUCCCAGUAUGUCUACCCCAACUCCAUCUGCCACCUCUCCUGCAUCUGCCACCCCCACCAUGUCUACUACCUUGACCACUGGUGAAUUCAAUGCACCUUCCAUGUCUGCUGCCACCAAUUCUGCCUCUACUGCCAUCACUGCUGGAGAGGAUGAAGGCCCUUGA